UAUGCAAUAGAAUUAGGCAAACAAUCAAAAUAUUGAUGCACCAAUAUAAAAUUUUCCAAAUAGGAAAUUUGAAAUAAUAAAAACACUUGGAUAAGGAGUAUAAGGCAGUGUAUUUUUAUGUAAAUCAAAAAAUUGGGGAUUCAAUGAUUAAAAAUAAUUUGCAUUGAAAAUUCAAUAUUAAUCUAAGGCUGAUGAAAUUUAAUUUAUUGAUAAUCUUAUAGCAUAUUAAAAUCAAUAUGAGAAUUUAAUUAAUUAAGGAAAAUCAAAUUAUUAAUCAUCUGGUUUAAUUAGAAUUUAUGAGAGAUUUUAAAUUAAUAACUAAGAUAUUAUAAUUAUGGAAGCAGGAGAAAUAGAUUUAUAUGAUUAUAUAAAAUAAUAAUAAUAGAAUUUAUCAUUUGAUUAGAAAUUAAAGAUUUUAAUUUAAGUAUAAUAAUAAUAACAAAUAUUAAUAGAUAACUUAAUCAAUAUAAUAUUUACAUUAAAAUAAUUUAAUUCAUAGAGAUAUUAAACCUGAAAACUUUAUUAAAGUUGCAGAUUAAUUUAAACUUAUUGAUUUUGGAUUAAUUAGACAAAAUUAAGGUAGGAUAAAGACAAUGGGAAUUGGUACACCUUUGUUUUAAGCUCCUGAAAUUGUAGAAAAUAGUUAAAAUUACACAAAAGCAGUAGACAUUUGGUCACUAGGUUGUGUAUUUUAUGAAAUUUUGACUUAAGUAUCUUUAUUUUAAGGUAUAUAACUUUUGUAAAUAUAGGGAAAACUCAUUAAGAAUUAAUAAAUAUGAUUAAAAAUUGUAAAAUUGAUAAGAAAUAUCUAUUAGAAAGAUUAGACUAAUUACCAAAAACAGGUAAAAAUGAUGAUGAAUUAAAGACCUUGUUAAUAUAAAUGUUAGAACCUUUUGA